GAGAGAGCAAGCGUGUCUCACACACUGAAGGGAACAAAAUCUCCUCUCACUGCAGCAGAGCUCAGCAUCAUGAUCCUCAACACAGCUACUCUCUCUGCUCUGGCAUUCACUAUCAUUGGUCUGGAGGCCCUUGUCUUGACCCAGGACAAGUCUACAAGAGUUCAACUGGGGCAGAAUGUGAAGAUCCUUUGUGCACCAAGCGAUUUUAGCAGCGGCCGCAGUGACUGGGCAUUAACAUGGUACCAGCAGAAGGAUGGCAGUCCAAAGUUCUUAUUGGUAGACAGCACCAGAGCAAGCGGGCUACCCAGCAGAUUCACAUAUUCUGGUUCUGGACGCCAAGAAUAUUUAAACAUCAAUGGAGUGACUGCUGAGGAUGAAGCUACUUAUUACUGUGCCUGUCAUGGAUGUCAGUCAUCAGGGGAUUACACUACCUACUUUGGUGGAGGCACAAAGUUGACCGUGACUAAUGCUCGUCCUCAGUCCCCCCCUGGUGUGGUCUUGUUGGCCCCCUCCCAGGACCUCUCCUCUGGGGACAGGGCUGCUGUGGUGUGUCUGGCUCAGGGCUUCUACCCUGACGGUGCCACCCUGACCUGGUCAGAGGAUGGCAAAGCUGUGGCGGGCACUGAGUUCCAGACGGGCGAGUCUCAGCGCCAGUCUGAUGGCACCUUCUCCCUCAGCAGCGUCCUGACGGUCCAGCCGGAACGCUGGCGCUCUGGACACACCUACACCUGUCAGCUGAGCCACUCCGCCCUCUCCAGCCCUCUGAGCAAGAGUGUGGCACACGGCCAGUGCAGCUAAGACACUGAGUAACUGCCCUUUAAUUGUGGAGGAGUCAGUCAAUGCCUUGCAUGUUUGGUGGAUAUUUACUUGCUUGUGCUUACUUGUCAAAUGUGUGCCCUUUGAUAAUCAUACCAUUGAAUGUUUUGUGCCUUCAAAGGCUUCUGUAAUUUACCUUUUAAAUGUGUCUCAAUAAAGCAUCAUUAUAUCAAA